AAUCAUUUGUUGUAUGUUGGACCUUCAGUUAUAUUAAGAAUACCUGAAUACAGCUAUGCCUGGAAAACAGCAGAAGAUGAAGUUAUCAGAGGUGUUAAAGAGCAUGCUGCUAAAGUGACCCUUGAUCGAGACCUCGAUGUGUGGUUUUACUUCAAAGGUAAGAGUUUUUCAGUGAUGUGAUUAACCCAAAUUGAUUGAAAAUAAUGAACAUACAGACGAUGAUUAUGAAGCUGGACUCACAAAACCAAAUAAAGUCAAGUUUCUUGGCUAUGAUGCACGUAUCGCUUAUGAACCAAAUGGAAUGUAUUGGUUUGACAUUUAUAUGAACGCACGAGUUGAACAAAAUUUCGAUACAAUUGUUACUCCAAAGCCAACUAUUUACUGUCAACAAUCAGCUAUUGAUUCACUGGGUUAUCCAAAUGAACCUUUUCCUAGGAUAACAGAACAUUCAAUUCAUUUCAUUUCUAAAACCAAAAGUUUCAAUGCUGGUCCAUCAAAGAGAGAAGAAGUUUAUGCUGAUGAAAGGUAUCAAAUCCUAAGCAUUAAAAGUUCAACUGGUGGAGAUAAUAAGACUGAAACCAUUUAUAAUUAUCAAUUAGGACUUGUAUAUGAAAUGACAGAAGACGGAAAUUGUUCAGUUUCUCCAAUGAAACUAUCAGCACCGGGUUUAGUUCAAGAUUCAUCAUUGAGUUAUGACAUCUUUAAACUUGAUUUGAAUCGAUUGCUCAACUUUCAUUUGAAUUACCGCUAUUAUGGACCAGCACUUUUCGAUGAACGGAAUGGAAUCGGAACACAUGCUUGGCAAAUAAGUGAAGAAAAGGCAAAAGUUGAGGAAAAAACGUAUCCAUAUGUCGUUACUACUCAGUAUUUUAACAAGUUGACAGAUAUGUCUUCUGGCUAUACUCUUGUUGGUACCAUAAUCAGUGCCUAUGACAUCGAAUAUAAAUUAAAUGCUUCACGUACGACCGAAUACUUCUUUUAUGGACAUGAGAUAAGCUCAUCAGAAUCAACAAGAAAGUUUAAUGUUCAAAACUGCUAUCCUGAUCCUGCAUCGAGAAAGACUAUUGCAAUGUAUUUCACUUGUAAAGAUAUUCCUUGUGACUACUUUGAUCAAUAUUAUUACCAAUUUCAAGAUAAAGUUAAAGAAUCACUAGUCAACUCUGGAACAAUUGCAGCUUCGAGAAUCGCAAGCAUUGUGCCAAUAUUUAAUUCCGAUGAAAUUAUUAUUUACAUUACGAUUUUGGACUUUCCAAGAAUAAAAGAUGCAUUCGAGAUGCGAAAUAUGAAAUUAGAUGAAAAAACUUUAACAAAAGCGUCAAAAGUCAUAAUUGAUGGCAAUGAAGAAGAUUGUUUGAUGAAAAAUUCUUAUAGAUAUGAACCUUUCGAGAGUGAGCAAAGUUUGAUUGACCAACAAAAAAACAACGCAAUCACUAGAAGUACGCACAUUGGAACAAUUUUUGGUUCAAUCGUGUUAUUCGCGGCAGCUGGACUUAUUUUUGGAGCUCUUGUUGCUAUUGUGACCACAAAAUUUUAUUACAGCAAGAAAAAUGAUCCAUCUGAUUCCUACAACCGUCACACAUUCAGUUGGGAUAAACAGUUGAAUGAAGAUUAA